CUGUUGGACCUAGGUGUUAGAUCGUCCCUGUUGCCUUGGAUUAUCAACUUCCUAACUAACCGCCGUCAUCGGGUCAAACUUGGAGGAAAAACGUCAGACUGGUUGCCAAUGAAUGCGGGUGUCCCCCAGGGAACUAAACUCGGCCCAAUUCUGUUUUUGGCGAUGAUAAAUGAUCUCGAUGUGAAACCACACGCAACGGAUAUUUGGAAAUUUGUGGAUGACAUAUCAACAUCUGAAAAUAUCACAAAGGGCAGCAACUCAAAGUUUCAGUUCUGUAUUGAUACUAUAAAUUCUUGGGCUUCGUGCAACCUUAUGAAACUUAACUCCAAAAAGUGCAAAGAACUACGCGUUUGCUUUCUGAGGGAAUCACCUGAUCUAUCACCAUUGUUGAUCGACGGUCAUGCGCUUGAGGUUGUGCGGUCUCAUAAAGUCCUAGGUCUGGUUAUCCAAAACGAUCUUAAAUGGAAUGCACACAUAGAAUCAGUUGUAUCCAAGGCUUCUAAACGUUUAUAUAUCAUCCGCAUAUUACGACGAGGUGGUGUCCCUGCGGAAGACUUAUUGAGUAUAUACUUUGCCUUAAUACGAUCGGUUCUGGAGUACUGUUGUGUGGUAUGGCAUCAUGCCCUACCUUUGUACCUCGCCGAUGAUUUAGAGCGAGUGCAAAAACGAGCGCUGAGGAUCAUUUUACCGGGUUACUCUUAUAGGGAAGCAUUAGCACAACUUGGGUGUUCCAGAUUGGAUGAAAGGCGAGAACGACAUUGCCUCAAUACUAUGAAACGCAUAGAAAUUGAAGGACCACUGUCAAAAUAUGUUCCACUGUCUAGGGCUAGUUCAAAUGAUUAUGAACUUAGAAACUCUAACACAUUAACAACAAUAAAAUGCCGAACAGAAAGAUAUCGCCGUAGCUUUUUUCCCAGUACAGUAGCUCUAUAUAAUAGUUAUAGUAAAGAAACUUAA